AUUUUCUCAUCCUUCCCCACCAAAUAUCACAUUUCAAUCGAUCUUGAGUUGAGUACAAUGGAUUCCAAAAUAGCAAUUCUCAUCCUUGGUCUAUUGGCCAUGGUUCUUCUUAUUUCUUCACAAGCGUCAGCUAGGGACUUAACCGAGACUUCAACUAAUACAAAAGAUGAGGUUGUUGAAAGGUCAGAUGAACUAAAUGAUACCAAAUAUAACGGGGGAGGCUACGAACCUUAUGGUAGAGGUGGUUACAAUCGUGGUGGAGGAGGCUACAAUCAUGGUGGCGGCGGUGGUUACAAUCGUCGUGGAGGAGGCUACAACCAUGGAGGCGGAGGAGGAUACAAUCAUGGUGGUGGUGGUGGUUAUCGUGGUGGAGGUGGACAUGGUGGUGUUUCCAACAAUGGUAACUGAUUAUAUCAUGCAUGCAUGCAUGUAUUAAGUGUAAUAAAUAAUGUUGGGUGUUCAACAAAAAAAGUUAAGAUAAAUCACUAUGUAUAUGUGAACAUGAGUUUCAUUUCGAGUAAAAAGUGGUGAAUGUGUUAUUCUGUGUAAUAUAUCAAAUAUCAUCGUUGUUGUUA